CAGAAGAACAUGUGCCUCCAUGACUAUUACAAUGCUCAUGUUCGGCAGUCACGCAAUGACGUAACGGUUACCACUACAUACAUCACAGCAACAUGUCAACUAAGCCUACAAAUAUCCUAGUUACCAACCGCAUCAAGCAUCAACGGAGUUCUGUGAACAAAUCUCAAGUAUCCAUUCCACCGCCACAAUGCCCCACCCAAGCCUACAAUACACCACCGUCCAACCCCCCUUGUCCACCUACCCCAGCGCCGCCACCCGCAACAACGCAAACGGCACCGACGCCUCCGUGCUCGACCGCCUCAAGAUCCGCGAAAUCUGCGAAGGAUGGGGCAUGUACCGCGACGCUGCCGAGUGGCAAAAUUACUCUUCCAUGUUCCACCCUGGCGCCUACAUCACGACAUCAUGGACACAAGGCCGUCUCGACGAAUUCAUCGCCAGUUCAAAAGAAGGGUUUGAGAAACAAACUCCGCAUGGCCCGUUCCCAUAUAUCCUCCAUCGCAUCUGUGGCCAGACAGUCGAUGUACAAGGGGACAGGGCAAUAAGUAAGAUGAAAGUCACAAUCACUUGUCGAAUCAUGUUAGAUGAAAUCGAGAUGGAUAACGAAGCCGACACCCGCUUCUUCUUCUUCCUAUCGAAGAACGAGGCUGGGAAAUGGGGCGUCGAUUUCAUGACGCUGUUGUUUGAUAAGGAUAAGAUGGUGCCGGUGGUGCCGGGCAGGGCGUUUGAUGUACCCGAGGAAGAGGUCAAGCAGUAUCCGAGUGGGUAUAGGUAUCUUGCUUGGGCGGAGAGCAAGGCGGGGAGGCCGCCGAAGAUGGAUUUGAAUGCGCAUGGGCCGGAGAGGGAUGUGCUGUAUGCGAAGUGUAAGACGUGGUUGGAGGGAGGGGAUGUGAGGCCGAAUCUUACGGGGGAGGAUUUGGGGGAGUAUUAG